GUGCAAGAAAAGGCGAUCUAAAACUGUAUCUAUAAUAUUUUUACAAUCAACUAAAAGUGUUUAAUGCAAAGUUGCCCACUGCAACAAAAUGAAAUUUAGAAAAUUUAGAAGAUCUUCUAUUUAUUGUACCGAGCACUGCGCGAUCUGAAAGGCGAAGUGGUGGCAAGUUCGGAAUCAAAUUGAUCUUGUGGACCCAUCAGCAAAAGAGGAAUAAGCAUAUUACUAUUAACAACGUCUUUUGAUAGUAUAUAGUGUAAUGCUUUGGCGUCUCUGCGAUAAAACUGCAUCGGUUACACAGCUCCCAACUUCCGUAGCUCAUUCGGAGACUCUACGUGUCGUUUGCCCAAAUCAGUUAAGGUAUCUGUUCGCCAAGACAAUAUGGCGCAUGUCGGAAAACGCGUCUGCUGGAUAAUAGUGUUGCUGUCAUGUUUCGUUCACGUACAAGCUAUCAUUGAAGGACUUUACUGUGGACUGGAAAAUUGUUAUGAUGUUCUUGGAGUUACAAGGGAUUCAUCAAAAAGUGACAUUGUGAAAGCAUACAGGAAACUUGCAAAACAAUGGCAUCCGGACAUGCACAAGACAAAAGAAGGCAAAGAAAGUGCAUCUACGAUGUUUCAGAAAAUUGCUAAUGCGUAUGAGAUACUGCGAGAUGAAGAGCAAAGAACAGACUAUGAUUAUAUGCUGGACAACCCAGAGGAGUACCUUUCACACUAUUACAGAUACUACAAAAGACGCGUUACACCAAAAGUUGAUGUCAGAAUUGUCAUUGUAGUUACCAUAACCAUCAUAUCUGUAGUGCAGUAUUUAGGAGCCUUGAAUAAUUACAAGACAGCAAUUAGCUAUCUAUGCAAAGAGCAGAAGUAUCGAUCAAAAGCUCUGGAUAUCGCUAAGACAGAGGGACUGCUCAACAACAACAAAAAGAGGAAAAGGGCCAUGACAAAGGAAGAAAUAAAACAGGAAGAGGAAGCAUUGAUACGAAAAAUUAUAGAGAAUAAAAUGGAUAUCAGGGGAGGUUACAGUCGACCUAAAUAUACAGAUGUUCUUUGGAUACAGUUAUUUUUGCUGCCAUAUCACGCCUUCUGCUUCUUGUGCUGGAAUGUACGAUGGGUGUACCUCUUCAAUAUUCUAAAGAAGGAAUACGGUGAUGAAGAAAAAUUAUACCUCAUCCGCAAGCAUAUGAAGUGCAGUCAUACUCAGUGGGAUGCCUUAGGAGAUCAUGAAAAGGAGGAAUUUAUGCAUCAGGAGCUGUGGAAAAGAGAUAAAUUUCAGAAAUGGAAGGAAGCAAAAGAAGAAGAAAUGAAAAUUAAACUUGCAGAAAAUUCACGAUAUAAAAGUUUCCGCCGUUACAUGAAGAAGGGUGGUCCAGGCCAGAUGACAUUUGGUCCCGAUUAGUGAAGUGUGCAAUUUGUUCUGCUGCUUCUUUCUUCUCUGACCACCUAACUCAUCACACUCCAGACAGACAUCUCUACACUUCUAAAGGCACUUGUCUUCAUUAGUUUUUCAUGGAUUAGGACAAAAACCUCUGGGAAUGUAUAUUCAGAUAUGUAUUCUACCAUUCAGCAUAUACAUGCCUUUACUCCCUUACUGUGAUAUAUCAUCAGCAGAUAUCCGAGUCCUUCAAAUGUGCCCUUAAUGCAAGAAACAUCACAAGGUUUAAGGCAUACAAUCAUACGUGUUCAUUAUAAUUAUAAAUUGAUUAGUGCUCUAAGCAUGACUCCCAUGUUGUGGGGAGUUCAGUGGCGUAACGCUUAGCAACUGUCACCAGUACAGUAAGGGCUAGCAGUCCUGGGUUCAGCUUUCGUCUUGGGCACACUGUUCUCUGCACGUGGCAUCUGUUUACAGGGCUGGCUGCCUUGCCAUGAUAUAGCCUUAGUUGAUGGCUUGAUGUAAAACAUCACUUCCCCCUCCCCAUGUUGUGAUAAAGUGCUAUACAAGUGCACAUUUAUUAUCAUUAAAUCCACUGAUAUAAUUUGUAAUACUAAAGCUGCUGUUUCUACAUCCCAUGACUCCAUGUUCCAGCACAUUUUUAUACAGCAUCAAUUGACUACACUGCUAGGUUUUGUCUCUUCACAAGUGUUCAUAAUUCUUAAGGUAGGCUUCAAGCAAAUAAUUUUUUAAAACUUGAUUUUUUUUUCUUAUUUGGAAUAUUUAUGCACAGGUGAAUUUAUAAUAUAAAAUAGGAAAAAAAAAAUCACACAAAAGAACACAGCUUGAUGACAUUUAUGCAACCGUUGAAAAGCUUUAAUUCUGCAACAACCUUUUCAGACAGUUUAAGUUCCACAAUUUAAAAACAUUUUAUGACCACAAUAUGAUAUAAAUAUUAAAUGAUACAUAUAGUGUAACAGUGCUAUUUACAUCACUUAUUUAGUUUUAAAUUGUUCUUAAGCAAACAAUCCAGCCUCACCAAUAUUAUUGAAAUACUUAAUUACUUCAUGCUUAUCAGAAAAGAACCUUUGUUAUAACUAUUA